GACGCCAGGGACAAAGGCUCUCCAGGCAAGAGGGGCUGCGGCCCUGCAACGGCGCGCUCGGGAUCGCCGACCCCGGGCCCACCGCCCUUGCGUCUCGCAUCCGAGCCUCUCCUCAUCCCGAGCCCGCGCCCCUUUCGUGGUCCCCGCCGGGAGGCCUACAAUGGAGGUCCCGCCCCGGCUUGCCCAUGUGCCGCCGCCAUUGUUCCCCGCAGCUCCCGCGCCCCUGGCCUCCCGCAGUGUCUCCCAUUGGCGGCCGCGGGCGCCGCGGCACCUAGCCCCGCUCCUCCCUUCGCUCGCCGCCGGCUCCGCCCGGCAGGGGGCGCGCCGGGCCCCGCGCCACGUCACCGCGCAGCAGCCCUCCCGAUUGGCGGGCGGGGCGGCUAUAAAGGGAGGGCGCAGGCGGCGCCCGGACCUCUUCCGCCGCCAUUUUAAAUCCAGCUCCAUACAACGUUCCGCCGCCGCCGCCAGCACCCCCGCGAUCCGGACCGCGCGCCCGCUCUCCCCUGCCGACGGUUCUGCCACCAUGGAGGACAUGAACGAGUACAGCAAUAUAGAGGAGUUCGCCGAAGGGUCCAAGAUCAACGCGAGCAAGAACCAACAGGAUGACGGUAAAAUGUUUAUUGGAGGCUUGAGCUGGGAUACAAGCAAGAAAGAUCUGACGGAAUAUUUGUCUCGAUUUGGGGAAGUUGUAGAUUGCACAAUUAAAACAGACCCAGUCACUGGAAGAUCAAGAGGGUUUGGAUUUGUGCUUUUCAAAGAUGCUGCUAGCGUUGAUAAGGUUUUGGAGCUAAAAGAACAUAAACUGGAUGGGAAAUUGAUAGACCCCAAGAGAGCCAAAGCUUUAAAAGGGAAAGAACCCCCUAAAAAGGUUUUUGUGGGUGGAUUGAGUCCAGAUACUUCUGAAGAACAAAUUAAAGAAUAUUUCGGAGCCUUUGGAGAGAUUGAAAAUAUUGAACUUCCCAUGGAUACAAAAACAAAUGAAAGGAGAGGAUUUUGUUUUAUCACAUACACAGAUGAAGAGCCAGUCAAGAAAUUGUUAGAAAGUAGAUACCAUCAAAUUGGUUCUGGAAAGUGUGAAAUCAAAGUUGCACAACCCAAAGAGGUAUAUCGACAGCAACAGCAACAACAAAAAGGAGGAAGAGGUGCUGCAGGUGGUGGGCGAGGUGGCACUAGGGGUCGAGGCCGAGGUCAGGGCCAAAACUGGAACCAAGGAUUUAAUAACUAUUAUGAUCAAGGAUAUGGAAAUUACAAUAGUGCCUAUGGUGGUGAUCAAAACUAUAGUGGCUAUGGCGGAUAUGAUUAUACUGGGUAUAACUAUGGGAACUAUGGAUAUGGACAGGGAUAUGCAGACUACAGUGGUCAACAGAGCACUUACGGCAAGGCAUCUCGAGGGGGUGGCAAUCACCAAAAUAAUUAUCAGCCAUACUAAAGUGGAAGACAUUGGAGAAAACAGCGGGAACUUCAUUGCAGGCCGUGUGUCACCCUGACCACGUCUAUCUCUGGGGGUCGCACGUUGCGGGCAGAGCGCAAGGCAUACACCAGAAAACGCUGUCCUGUGGUAUGGUCUCUUCCAACUUCAUGUACCAGCGUAAAGAUUAAAGUGGAAAACUUCAGACUUUGGCUUCUUUUUUAAUCUUUUUUGGAGAUUAAGUGUCUAAACUUAACUUAAAUGGUUUUUUACAGGAGUUAAAGUACAUAAAUGCCUUUUUACAGCUUAAUCAUUUUUGGUCUUCUGUUUAGUGUUGUAUUUCAAUUGUGGAGCCUCAUUUUAAGUGUUCAUUCUUUAAGAUUUAAUGCUUGCUUUUUCUUUUUAUAGCUAAUAGUGAAAUCUACAAAACAAGAACUUUUAAAUCUGGGAUAUAAGUUAAAGAUCAUAUGCACAAAAAGAUUUGUCAUAAUACAUAAGUAUUAGAAAUUCAUGUUUGUGGUAGCAUUUUACUUGGCUUACUAGAAAUACUUCUAGUGGGCCUUAAUCUGUCUGUUCAACCUGUGAAUAUGGGAAAGUUGCAUUCCCAGAUUCUUUCUGACUAGAUUUGGAUUUGAUAUCAUUUGUAAACUCCAGGGUGAGUUUAUCAAUUACCCAAACUGCAUUUUGCAAGUGAAUAUGCAUGUGAUCUUUAAUUAUUGAAGAAAAGAAUAAAGUGAGGACUUAAAACAAUUCAUGAAAGUGGACCUUUGAAAGCUUGUCAGAGUUGCACAAAUCUAAUUGUUGUUUUGUUUUUGUUUUUAGGAGAUGCUAAAGAAAUCUUGCAGAACGACAUUGAAGAUUGGUCUUCUGUUGCUCUAAUGAUUAUUUUGUAAAAGACUUUCUAGUGUACAAGACACAGCUGUGUCCAACUGUAUAUAGCUGCUAAUUAGUUUUCUUUGUUUUUACUUUGUCCUUUCUAUGUGUUAUGCCUCAGUGUGGAUUUGUGUUUAUACACAUUUUAUUUGUAUGAUUUCAUGUUAAACCCCAAAUAAAUGCUUCCUUAUGUGAUUGUUUUUCUGCGUGAGGUGCUACAUAGCUCUGUAAAGAUGUAAUUUUAAAUAAGCAAUAAUAAAGGUACAGUUUAUUUUGUAGGGAGUAUGGGUCUGUAGGAAGAAACUGGUCCUUUAGCCAGCCGCGGGAUGGAUUACCCUGUUCUUCCCCAUUUUUGUAUGUAUGUACUAUGCUGUAAGGCUUCAUUUCUCUUAGCUGAGGUUUCUGCUACACCUUUGAAUAGCGUCCUCCAGAUACUUUUAUCUCAAAACCUAAGUCGUGGUGUUGCGAUUAGGGGAAGCUUUCUAAUAGACCAUGUGUUCAGUUUCGUUUUUUUUGUAUCAGGGAUCGAACUCAGAACCUUGCACUUGUGAGGCAGGCAAGGUGCCACUGAGCUUAAUCCCUGGCCCUAGACCAUGUAUGUGUCUUUUGUGCUCUGUUUAAGAAAGAUAACUCUUGUGGGCUGGGGGUGUAGCUCAGUGGUAGAGCACUUGGUUAACAUGCACAAGGCUCGGGGUUAAAGCCCCAGCACUUGCCAAAAAGAAAGCACUUGUUGAUAGUUCCUUUUGCUUUGUUCUCUCAGUGACAAAUGUGUGAUUUGUUAGUUAUUUUGACCUUAGAAGUUAUCUGGUGGUCUGUUAGAAUAAGCUUUGGCUAAUCAUAACACCAUGACUUUGUCCUCUUGAUUAAAAGAGAAAUUGAGAUGCACAAACAGCACUAAAACUAGUGAGAUUUGUGGUUAAAUAGUAUUGAGUAGUUAAAGCGGAUUUUUAUCAGAAGUGUGAGAUUUUCAAAGUUUGGUCAAAAGAUGAAGAUGAGAGAUUGUGGCAGAAUAAUUUUGUUGUAUUUUUAUUGAUGUGUCACAGCAAACAGAUUGAAUAAAAAUGUUUUCUAUUUGGGCAUUCUUAGGAAUAUGUUUUAGAGUUGUGUAGUGUGAGUUUAGAGAAGUCAUGCUAGUUGAUAUUGCUUUAAGUGCAUGAGCUGAGUAGGGAUUUCUAUGUUCGUACUUAACGAAGGGACUGAAAAUAGCGCUUACAUGUUAGGUUUGUUAACAUGAUUAAGUUGCCAUUUUGGCAUACCUUUCUGAUAAUGUAGAAAAAUUUUAUAUCUAGAUUUUAAAAGACUUUUGGCUAAAUACACACUGAAUUUCAUAUUCAAUAUAGUUGGAUUUAGGGAAGUUUGUUUCCAUGGCUCCAUUUUAGCUGUUAGGGGCUGGCAUACAUGUUCACAUUAUAGUAGUUGACUACACACUUAACCAGUGUAAGUUUUAAUACCAAUCAAUACCUGCCCCCCUCCCUAAUUUGAUGCCUGUGACUUUGUUCUAAUGAUAUGUGUACUAGCUGGGCUAUCAGGUUCAAUGCCUUGGUCUUAUUUUGCUAUAGGCAAGUACCAAUAUUGGCUGUUUCAACAGAUUUAUUUUUCCAGCAUGGAAUCCUAGGGACUGAAAGGGAGAUUAUUUUAAGUUGUCAGUAGGUGCGGUGUCUAGAGUAGUGAAUCCUGUAAAUUCAAAUUUAUGGUUAGGUGACAAAUUGAGAUUGUCCUUUUCCCUGAUCAAAAUGAAUAAAAGCUUUUUAAA